GGUCAACAUCAGUGAAUGUAGGCAUCUCUUUAGAUUUCUUUUUUCUUCCGCGCAUAUUUCUUUUCUUUUGAACUGGCCGUAUUUCCUUUCUUUUCUUUUCACACCCUACAGCACAAUUUAUGACUAGAUUGUACCGCGUCAAACGGCGGGUUAACAGUUAAAAUCUACCAAAUUCACAACGAUCUUUUCGAAAGUUAAUCGCAAGUAACGCUUGACCACCAAUAUUUUGUCUACUACUUUUAAUACUAGGGACUGCUUCAGCCAAAACCCACGAGUGCACCAGAUUGUCUUAAACAGGCAAACGAAUCCUGCAAGUCUACCAGCAAGAUGGCUCGACUUAGCCGUGUUGCUGAUAGUGAUGAGUCGGAACCCGAUUCGGUCGAGUCAUCAAACCCUCGAAACUCUCGUAAGCCCACUACAAAGCCAAAUCGAAACCCCGUUUCUGGAUUGGCGCAUCGAGGUGAAGAGUCUGUCCAAGAUUCGAUCGAAACAAACGACAACGUGGAUGAGGAUGGAGAUGUGAUUGCAAUGGAUGACGGAGAUGAACCGGCGGAAGAAAUGGGAGACGCAGAUGAAGACGCAGAUAACACAAUCGUCGUUAUGGUUCCGGGACCUAGAAACCCCGAAGAAUAUGUUCCGUACCAAGACGACACAGUACAUUCGGUACUUGAGGAGUUAAACAGCCCGGAUGGCGAGACAUUGUAUCGAGUAGAAUACGAAGAUGAAAGACAGGAGAACGUAAGUUGGGAUUUCUUGCUUCAGAUAAACAGCCAGCUCUCGAAAGAUACUGUGAUACCACCCUAUUACCAAAUUGUACUUGCAACAUUCACCGGAAUGUUUGGCUUUUCCAAUAUUGCGCACAAUUCAAGUGGCCAUCCCACCCUGAAGCAUUUGACCUCCAUAUAAAAGAAGGUCAAAUUAAAGCGGCCCAAAUUUUUGCCACCAAUUUUGCUACACAACUUCUAUCCUUCACAUCGUUGACUUCAACUUUGACUUCACCACGGAGCUUGACAGGUUUGAUAACUUCACUCUUGCCUAUUGUUGAUAGUAUCGGCAAAAGAUCAAGUAGUUCUUGCAGUUGAGAUUGCCAUGCUCGUCUUUGGGCUUCUGUUAAUCACAAUAAAAUACUUUUAUUAAGUUCAACCUUGAUAUAUCAGACACCUGUCCACCCAUACAUCUCCUUUGCUUGAGUCAAAUAUCUAUUCUUCGGUCAUUCUAGUAUCGAUGGAGCCAUCUAUGCUUCCCGUUGUGGGCGGCAGCAGUAAACUGCGCAUCACGUUUAAUAGACUACUUCACCUUCAAAAUGGCAACAAUGCUUUGGACGAGUUCAAUAGCAGAGAAACCUCGGAGUCGAUUAUGGUUGACGAUCCAUCAAAUUCCAGUCGGAGCAUGUCUUCCAGAGCUGGCAAACGCACUCGCCGACAACUAACUGACAACAACUUUGUUGACAUCAGCAGCAUUCAGCUGAGCUCUGACGAUGAUAGGCUUCCGAAAAAUGGAAAGAAAAAGCGACGUCUUGUGAACAACAUGUCAACUGUUGAAAUUGAAAAAGCACGCCGAAGUACUCGUGCUGGUAGUCGACAGUCUUCGCGACCCACCUUCGAUGAUGAUGAAGAGGAUGACGAUGACCAUGAAUCUCGAAAAUCAGGACGUGCAUCAACAAGAUCUGCUGCUCCUAGGAAAGCAAAUACUCUCGCCAAUUACAUGGAAGAAGAAGAGGAGGACGAGCUUGCUGGUGAUUUGCAAGUCGAAUCUGAAGGAAGCGAAAUUGCAUAUGCUAAACCCAAGAGACGACGCGCAAGUAGCGCUCGAGCCUCGAAGUCUGAGAAGCGUGGACGACCACAAGCCUAUGGUAUUAAAUCCGAUUAUAGUUCUAAGUUGCCUAAAGAGCUCCCGUCUCGCAUAUCGAGGCGUGGAAAUAAAACUGGCAAGAAUAUGGAAGAAGUCGACAUCGAUGAAGAAAUUUAUGCCGAUGAAGUAGCUGGAAAGGCCGCACCCAAAGUCAUAAGCAUUCGAGAAAUCUAUCAACCGGUACCCGCGAAAGCUCCCUUUGCCUUGGUUCAUGAUCAAGACUGUGAUGUUUGCGGUGGAACCGGCAAGAAUUCAAAUAAAGGACGAAGUGAUCUCAUUUACUGUCAAGGAUGCUCCUCGUCAAUACAUAGAAUCUGUCUAGGAUAUCGGGCGGGUCGGGAGCAUAUGGUCACUAAAGUUGGCCACGAACACUUCGUUAUGCAGUGUCGACGCUGUAUCGGCCUAUCUGUCAAGAAAGAUUCUCUCGCCCCUCAACUAGGUGCUUGUAGUAGUUGUAAUGAACUUGGAGCAUCCUGUGCUGCAUUUUCCGUAAAGAAAACUGCGAAACAAGAAGAGAAAUUGAGGGAAGACAAUGACGGCGAUGAUCCAAUUACCAAUGUUCGCGAAGAUCUUGUCAACAAUCCAGACAAUGUUUUAUUUCGAUGUCGAGGAUGCCAGCGUGGAUUUCACUUUGAGCAUCUACCACCACGUUCUAAUAAAUCGGUCACUUCGAAUAAUACGGAAGAGACGCGCUUCAAAAGAAUUCAAGAAUAUACUAAGGAUUGGCAGUGCAAGGAAUGCUAUCAGUCUACUGCUAAAAUCCACACUUUAGUGGCAUGGAGGCUAUUAGACCCCAAGUCUUACAAGGAAGGCGGUGUAUUUGAUGAUUAUCGCGAAGAUGAGAAGGAAUAUCUUAUCAAGUGGGAGGAUAAGUCUUAUUUUCAAUGCUCUUGGAUGUCUGGCGCCUGGGUUUGGGGUGUUGCAGCAGCUACAAUGAGGAAAGCUUUCAUUCGUAGAGAUGAGGGUGCUAAUUUGUUACCAAAAUGGACCAGUGAAGAGGCAAUUUCAGAGGAAUACUUGCGAAUGGAGAUUAUUUUUGAUGUCGAAUAUGACAAGUCCUUCAGACCAAAGUCCGAGGAACAUGACAAGGCUCAUAUCAAUGACGUUGUCCAGGUUUUGGUCAAGUUUAGAGGAUUGGCCUACGAUGAAUCUGUUUGGGAGGAACCUCCAUCCCCAGACGAAGCCGACCGCUGGAGUGACUUUGUCUCAGCUUACAACGAAUAUGUUAUGGGUAAGUACUUCAAGCAAUCGCCUGCAAACGUUGUAAAGGAGCGCAUUGAUGCAUUUCGUUCCCUAAACUUCGAGAAGCAGGUUGUACUGAAGAAACAGCCUGCUUCGUUGAUCGGUGGCGAGAUGAUGAAACAUCAAAUGGAAGGCCUGAACUGGCUACUGUUUAACUUUCAUCGACAAAAGAACGUUAUUCUGGCUGAUGAGAUGGGUCUUGGCAAGACAAUUCAAAUUGUCGCCUUAAUUGCAUCACUUGUGAAGGACAAACCGAAGUGCUCCCCUUUUCUUGUUGUUACGCCAAACUCGACUUGUCCCAACUGGCGUCGAGAAAUCAAAAAAUGGGCACCUGGCCUUCGGGUCGUUGCAUACUAUGGCGCUAAGUCUGCUCGAGAAAUGGCCAUGAAAUAUGAAAUGUAUCCCAAUGAGUGCUCUGAUCUCCGCGCUGAUAUCGUGGUAACUUCCUAUGAGGCACCAGUCGACGACUCCAGCAAAGGCUUCUUCAAAGGAGUCAAAUGGGCUGGCAUGAUCGUGGACGAGGGCCAACGACUGAAGAAUGAUGGAAAUCUUCUCUACGGUGCUUUGACAGCCUUGAAAAUACCAUUCCAAGUUCUCCUUUCUGGUACACCAUUGCAGAAUAACAAGCGAGAGCUUUUCAACCUUCUUCAGUUCUUAGACAAAUCUAUUGACGCCGCGGAGUUGGAUGAAAAAUAUGCUGACCUAACAAAAGAAAAUUUGCCCGAACUUCAUGAGCUCAUCCGGCCAUUCUUUCUCAGGCGUACCAAAUUGCAAGUGUUGAAGUUCUUGCCACCCAUGUCACAGACAAUCAUACCGGUCUCUAUGAGCUCCCUACAGAAACAGCUUUACAAGUCAAUCUUAGCAAAGAAUCCAGAGUUGAUCAAAUCAAUCAUUGGAAAAUCAGACAGGGCCCUCCGCCCCACGGAAAGAGGAAAUCUGAACAACAUUUUGAUGCAACUACGUAAAUGUCUUUGUCAUCCUUUCCUGUACAGUUCUGCUAUCGAGGAGACUUCUUUGACUCAUGACGCCCUUCAUCGAAAUCUAAUCGAUGCCUCAUCUAAGUUUCAAUUAUUGGAAAUCAUGCUCCCGAAGCUGCAAGCUCGAGGACAUAGAGUUUUGAUCUUCAGUCAAUUUUUAAAGCAACUCGACCUCGUUGAAGAUUUCUUGAAUGGUCUCCAACUUCCUUUCAAGCGUUUAGACGGUACCGUCAGUACGCUUGAAAAGCAAAAACGGAUCGAUGCAUUCAAUGCACCCAACUCAGAACUUUUUGCGUUUCUACUUUCUACCAGAGCUGGUGGCGUUGGAAUAAAUUUGGCGACUGCAGAUACCGUUAUAAUCAUGGAUCCUGACUUCAAUCCUCACCAGGAUAUUCAAGCUCUUUCCCGAGCUCAUCGCAUUGGUCAAAAGAAAAAGGUACUUGUCUUCCAACUAGUGACUAAGGAUAGUGCAGAAGAGCAAAUCGUACAAGUUGGCCGUAAGAAGAUGGCUCUCGAUCAGGCUCUUAUCGAAAGUAUAGAUGUGAAAGACGAUGCAGGAGAUAAUCUUGAGGCAAUUCUCAGACACGGCGCUGAAGCGGUUCUUCUUGACGACAAUAGCAAAGAUAUUUACUACGAUCCGGCAUCAGUGGACGAACUUCUCGAUCGAUCUCAGGUAGAAAAUACUACUAAUGAUGAUGGUACCGCAGAAUCUCAAUUCUCACAUGCUCGUGUGUGGAUUAAAGACAAAGGAGAUUUGGUAGAAGAUUUCGGAGACACAGAAGCCGAACCGGCUGCUCCAAAGGCCCUUCUAUGGGAUGCUAUAUUGAAGCAGCGUGCAGCAGAUGCCGCCCUCGAAGCUGCUAAGAACAUGCAAACAUUUGGCCGCGGAAAGCGCGCCCGACAGACCGUUGACUACGAAAAGUCAAAUCCUGACCUAAUGGACCUGGACGAUCCCGAAGGCUCGCCACAAAAAGAUGGUCGCCGAACUCGAAAAUCGGAUAGCGAUGACGAGUUUGGCGUAAAUGUUGCGAGGGAAUCCGAGGUUGAGUCUGACGCAGAUGAAGCCGCCAACGCCAUGGAACUGGAAACAGGAAAAUCAAGCGUGAAAGAAGGCAACUAUGUUGAAGAACAAGAACCCGCGAUCGCAAUGCAGAAGAUGUACAAAGAUCAUGACAGUUGGCGACGAGUGAGCACCAACAACGAGCGCGUCUUUUUAAACACUAGACAGAUACAAGAAUGGCUUGAUAUCGGCCAUAAUCUCCUUGAGAGUUGUAAGAACAAUGUACAAAAAUUGGUAGAAUCGGAUCAAAAUCGGGCCGAUUUUGAGGAGCAAUAUAGGUACCUGCAAGAGCGUAUUCGAGGUGUCCUCGAUCAACCACUAUGGUGGUAUAGCCAAGAAGAACAAAAAGUUCGACAAUUUUGGCAGGAACUUUCUCCACAGUUGACGAAAGAAAAAGAUCAAUUGCAUCAAGACACCGCAAAAUGGGUACAAGCGAGAAAUCAAGCAUUGCCACCACAGGAUCUUCGUGCUCUAGACUACUCAUGGCAGCUACAGGAAUACCAACGACGAUCAGAAGAAUGGCUUGAUCAGGGUAGCAACCUCAUCGAACGCCACAACGAACUCAAACAAUACUGCGAACCGGAGUCACAGAAACGGGAAGACCCAAAAUCGAGAUAUGCUAUACUUUGUAGCGAAAUACGAAGUUUGCAGCUGGUUUGUGAUAGUGAAAGGAAAAAACUAAAGAAGCUACUUCGACCACCCGAGGAUAUUCCAACAGAGAAUGGCCAAGGAAGUCGUCAAGUUGAAAGAACGUCUACGGCUCAAGAUCCAAAAAAACCAGAAAUCCAGCUUCACGGACAACAAGAAACCCUCAACGGCGAGAAAAAAAAGCGAGCACCCUAUAAGAGACGCAAAACAGCAGAAAAAGAGGCAGUCGAGAACUCUAUCAGAGAUCAACUCGUGGAAGACGGAAUUCCCUUUGUCAAAGAGCUCGAAACUGAUUUUGCGUGGCUAGACAACAAUCCACAAACUCUCCCAACUCAUGACAACAAUGAAGGCUACUACGAAGAACUCAAGGACUACCUGCGACGAAUUGAAAAGCGGAUACAGAAAUUGAAGCAUUAUCAAGAAGCCUUCGAUCAGCAAUUUCGAAUUUAUAGACCACGUGACGCAGAACGAGCCAGACGUGAUUUAGCUUACAAGAAACGCAAAAUAGCUGAGAAAAAGUCGGGUCUCAAGUAUUUCCCUAUUGAGGACCACGCGUUACACAUACAGAAACUUGAUCAGCAGCUGCGAGAUCGUAUAGAAAGUCAGCUACAAGCCAUGAACUAUGCCGUUGGACUGCUGAAAGAAGAGGAACGUAAUCGAUCGGAGCAAGAUUUUCACAAAGCACCAUAUCCAGAAACUGCACCAGAAUUCGCAGGACCCUUCCAUCAAGGAACGCCUUCUAAAAUACCAGUAGAGGAACUAAAACAUCCACUAUCUCAUGCCAUGGAAUCGUCUAAGAUGCCAGCACCACUUGCCGCACAAUCUGGUCAACAUGCAAGAGAUCCUAUCCAACUUGGUUCGGAAUUCAAUGCUUCAAAUAGAUCAAGUUCAACCGGCCGAUCAAUUCCAGCGAUAGAGAUACCCGCGAAGCGCAAACGAGGUCGUCCUUCUGGAUCCAAGUCAUCUCAGCGGACUUCCUUAUCAUCAAUGCCACCUAUCCUUCCAAGUCCGUCUCGACCUCAAGUGCAGUCUUGCCCAAGUUGUAAUUUUACUUACUCAAAGUUAAUACCUGCAUGUCCCCACCACGCUCCUACCACAAAAAUUCGUCUAAUGCUCGACAAUCUGAAAGGUAUCAAAGAUGAUCCUCAACAAGUAACCUCUGCAAAUAGAUUGUUAAAAGAAGCAUUGGCAUCAAAGUCUGCUGCUCAAACAUCUCUUCGAAAAUGAAAAAAAAAUUAAAAAAAAAUUGUGGUUCGCGCUCUCUCUAAUGGUCAUUGAUUCAAGAGGGUCUCUUUUUCUGCUCGGUUUCAUACGAAUGUUUGCAUUGUUAAUUCCCUUCGGCAUUACACCAUGUCAAAAUCACGGCGCUUGUUAUUUAGGUGUCAUUCGACGAAAUCCCUCAUUUUCCACAUCAGAAGGUAUGAUGAGGACCCAGGGUAAUUAAACAUCUCAAUCUUCUUUUGCUCUCCUUAGAAUAUUCUACAAGAUUCUGGAGGUAGCCUGAGCAUUUAGAUGAUGUUUGAAAUCAUUUUAGAAAAUGGUGGUGACUUAUCCAGGUGUCGUGCAAACGAUUCAUCGGGAAUUUUCAUGGGGCCUUGAAAAAUGGUGGAUAGUCUCAGAAGAGGAAAGGGAGUACAAUGACUCCAGCAUUAAAUAGACGAUUGUGCGCAAAACCAAUCAAUAUAGAUACGGAAUGAAAAUAGAUUAUAAAAAUUCAACAGCGUAUCA